AUGCCCCGUCUUCAGUCUCUGGGCCAGAACGCAAGUCGUCUCUGCAAAAAGAGACAAUUCACCAGCCAUGUAACUUCUUCCACCACCACCAAUCCGUCCCCGCCGGCGAAACCGACGCUCGCCGGCAAAACCAUUGGCAUCAAAGCCAACAUUGUCACGGGAAACCCCCACGCCGCCUCCAAGACGUUGGCGAAUUAUGCCACGCCCUUUGACGCCACGGUCGUGGAAUUGCUCAAGGAACAAGGUGCCAUGUUACAUCCCGGACAGAAUAUGGAUGAGUUUGGCAUGGGUUCGCAUUCCCAGAAUUCAUAUCAUGGAAGCGUAAAGGGCAUUUUCCACAGAGGUGGGAUGGAGGUCUCACCGGGUGGGAGUAGUGGUGGCAGCGCGAUUUCCGUUGCCAAGGGAGAGUGUUGGACUGCGUUGGGGACGGAUACGGGGGGUAGUGUGCGCUUGCCGGCUGCGUAUAUGGGGAUUGUGGGCUUCAAGCCGAGUUAUGGGAGGGUUUCACGGUGGGGGGUGGUGCAGUAUGCGAAUUCUUUGGAUACGGUGGGGAUUCUGGGGAGGGAUGUCCGGGAUGUGUGGAAGGUGUUUGGGUGUUUGGAUCGGUGGGAUGGGAGGGAUCCGACUAGUUUGGGGGUCGAGUUGAGGAAGAGGUUGAAUGCUAGGAGGGGCAGGAGGGAUGUGGGGAGUUUGAGGAUUGGGAUUCCCAUGGAGUAUAAUUUGGAGGAGGUCUCGAGUGUUGUGAGGGAGACGUAUGCGAGGACUCUGAGCAGGCUGCAAGCUGCGGGACAUACACUGGUUCCUGUCUCUCUACCAACCACACGUCUGGCACUCUCGGCAUACUAUAUCCUGGCACCGGCCGAAGCUUCUUCCAAUCUGGCCAAGUACGAUGGCAUCCGGUACGGGCAUCGAACGGACACGUCAGAUGCAUCGCCAAAUGCCGACCCGGCACUUCCUCUCUACGCUCAAACUCGGGGAGAGUCUUUCGGAGCGGAGGUGAAGCGGCGAAUACUCCUCGGCGCCUAUAAUCUCAGUUCGGAAGCCAUGGACAACUACUUCCUCCAAGCGCAAAAGGUCCGACGAAUGGUGCAGCGGGAUUUCGAUCGCGUCUUCACUUCUGCGAAUCCUCUUCUGGACACUCCUCCGAUUUCCCACGACGCAGAAGAAGAUAAAGUUGAUCUCCUUCUGAUGCCUACUGCUCCUACUCUCCCGCCUACGGUAGAAGAGCUGAAGAAGCAAUCUACAGUCCAAGGCUACAUGAACGAUGUCUUUACCGUUCCUGCCAGUUUGGCGGGAUUACCUGCCAUCAGUCUUCCUGUUCCUCUGUCUGAGAGGCAGUUGAAGGGUAUGGAUGAUGAGGAUGUCAAGACUGUGGGCAUGCAGCUUGUUGGACAGUUUGGAGAUGAUCGGUUGUUGCUUAGCGCUGCUGCUGGUAUGGCGGAAGUUCUGGCCGGGCGGGAGGAGAUUUGA